UUAACCUUCUGGGUCAAAUCUAUAAGAGCACCUUGUGUUUGUUUAUGAGAUCAUUCGAUGGUCAUCGGUGGUCAGUGCUAUAACUGAGGCCUAUUAUCACGAAGGAAAUAAAGUUGUGAGUGUGUUUUGGUGAGAUACAAAGACUAAUAGAUCUUGUUACGUCACGAUGAUGGCCUUCGCCGUCCAGCGACGCCAAGCGUCCCCCAUGCGUCUCGGCGCCUUCGCGCUGCCUCUCCUAGUCACCGCGGCCCACCUGAUGAUGGAGACCUCGGCGGCUUCGACAGUUGCCCGACAGCGUUCCCCCCAGCGACAAGUCAGCAUGGAACCGGCUUUCGCCAAUGCCGGCAAGAACCCCGGCCUGGAGAUAUGGAGAAUCGAGGAUUUCAAACCUGUGCCCUAUCCAAAGAAUCAAUAUGGAAAGUUCUACUCUGGGGAUUCAUACAUUGUACUUAAUACUAGAGUAAAUAAAAAAGGUGAAAAAUUCUGGGACAUUCAUUUCUGGUUGGGAUCACAAACCACUCAGGUAAGCCAAUUAAAAAUUCAAUUCCUUAAUUUUAUUAUUAUACAGUAA